AUGUGUAAGAUAUGCCUGUACUACAAGAUCCACGGCGAGCAGUACGGGGACCAGAAGAAGACGGCGCUGGUCGACCGCCUGCUGGAGUUGGCCGAGAGCCGCUCGGACACGCGGGUGGACGUGUCAGACGGCCGCUGCACCGUGGCCAUCGUCACGCCGCUGAUGGCGCGCGUCCACCAGCUGCCGGAGGCGGGAGAGACAGUAUUCGUCGACGCCGGUGGGAACUGCGACCGCUCACAGGCCCGCAUAUUCCUCUUCAUGGCAUCCACCGUGGUAGGCGGCCUACCCCUCGGCGUCGUCAUCACAAACGACGAGGCGCAGGCCACGCUGGAGAGCGCCUUCUCGCUGCUUCAGUCGAUGCUGCCGGAAGACGCUUUCGGUGGCCGUGGCUCAGCAGGGCCGCAGAUCCUAAUGACUGACGACAGCGCUAGCGAGCGGAACGCACUGCACUCGGUCUGGCCUGACGCGACCAGACUCCUGUGCGUGUUUCACGUGCUGCAGGCCACGUGGAGGUGGCUGUUUAGCCACAAAAACGGCAUCAGGCAGCAGCAUCGACAAGAGCUCAUGAGGCUGGCCAAGCAGAUGGUGUACGCACCAUCGGAGCGUGGCCUCGCGGAGGCCAUGGAGACGCUGCAGGGUCGGUGGGGUGCCCUCUACCCGCGGUUCAUCGCCUACCAGCAGGCGCUGUUGGAUCGGCGGCAGGAGUGGGCCCUGUGCUUCAGGGCUGGCCUCCCGACACGGGGCCACAACACAAAUAAUACCGUGGAGGCUGCCAUGAGGGUUCUCAAGGACAACGUCCUCCACCGGACUCGGCUCUACGACGUCCUCCAGCUCCACGACGUACUCAGCCUCAGACUGAGCGACUUCUACGAGCGAAAGCUCGUAAGCUUCGCCAGUGGACGGCGACCACCGGCUGCCCGUCAGGGAGGCUCCCGAAGCAGCGCUGUGAGCGUCCCACGGGACCGCAUCACUCCCGACGGGGAGAACCCGGGCAUCUACAGCGUGCUGUCCACAGACGGCAGCACCCUGUACACCGUGGACAGCACCCUGGAUAUGUGCACCUGUCCGGGGUAUGUCGGGGGCGGCAGGUGCAAGCACCUUGACGCCGUCAAGGCCCUCGACAGCGGCACGGCCGAUAACUCUGCAACUGCAGACACUGCGAGCGUCGAGGACAGGAAGCUCAUGUACUUCGUGGCGACAGGUCGACAAGAUAUGUCUCCCGACUGGUUUGCGGACCUGAGGACUCCCGGUCCGGAACCUGCGCUGCGCCCAACCACCGUCGCAGAAGACGCUGCCCCGUCCCCAGAGCCCGCCGAUGGUGGAGGAGCAUCAGACAGCGGCGACGAUUUCACCAGUCGUCCGCCAGUGGCACUGGCCAGCUCGUCUAGAGUAACGGCUCCCGACCCACUGGAAGAGGUGCGCCAGUCACUGGCAGCCUUCUCCGAGGCGGUCUCUGCAGCGGUCCUGGAGGACACCGCUGCGCACCCGGACCAGGGACCGUCUUGGCAGAAGGCAUUGAACGCUUUCGUCGCCGACUGGAGGAAAGGCGCGACGCCCACAGCUCGGCAGAGCCAGCUGUACGCCCAACGCCACCUGGGAAAGGCGCGCUACGCCACCACCAUCCCGGUGCUGCGUCCGGAGCGUCGGACCAGCUGUCCCCUCCGAGGCCGCGCCCGAGUCAGCGCCGGGCGACCUCCCAAGGCAGACCGCGCUGACCACCCCUACCAGCAAGCGGAGGGCCAGCGGCGAGCUGCAGCGCCACACAGCCUGCAGACUCGGAUCGAGACCAACCGCGGUCCGGGUCACUAGUUCUGCCACUAGUAGACUCUCACUGGGCGCGAGGAGCGUGACGUCAAGGCCAUAAACAUACAGGUUAGUCGAGGUUGGCGUCACCAUUGCGACACUAGAUUUUGGAAUAUACUAUUUUCUUUCUUGGUUCUAAACCAGAAAGUACAUCAAAGUUCGUUUUUGAAAUGUUUUAGUAGCUGUUACCCGUUAAAAAUAACGUGAAAAUACGAAAUGUUUGUGUUUUAUAUCAUACUUAUGCAUCACCCACCCCAUAAAGUCAUCAAUAGCAUGUUUUAUUGUGACCCGAAUAAAACACCAGUUUUCCCAUAGCAUCCCAUGCUAGAGCCGGCUCCGCGUCGCAAUGCUGACGUCACAGCAGACGAUGCCACUGAACUUUCGUGCGUGCGACUUGUCUGUCGGAGCAGCAUGUGCGACAAUGUGGUCUGGCUGGGGUGACUUCCCACCAGGUGCAGCGGCUCGUGCCCUGGCCGCCGGCUAGUGAACAGAGACCCCUGUGCGGUUCCCACGAUAUAGCGCUUGGUUUCGUAGAUGGGGCUUGUAGGCUAAUGAUGGGCACGACCGGGUGCUGUAUGCUAUAUGUGGUGACAGCGGCGUUCCUGAGUUUAGGGUGUAUCUCUUGCUCUGAAGUCCAGAAGUCCUUAUCGUUCUUGUGCAUUCACUUGCUCUUCAAUGUCCUCCACAGUUGAAUCGUUUGACGUUUGGUGAGGCAUUCUUGUGCAUUCUUGUGCAUUCACUUUGUCAGUGCCUGAUGUCAGUGUCAGUGUUUGUCAGUGUUUGAUUUUGUAGCAGACAUGCAGUCAUAUUUGGUUAAAUAGAACCUUGCAGUCUGAGGCAGUCUUUUCAUUACAGUGCCUCAUUACAGCGUCUCAUUCAUUACAGUUCAAUAUUUAGAAAUGCAAGACAUUACAUAUUAGGGCUGAUCGGGCAUAGAAAUACAAAACAACAGUAUACGCUCGCUGGCUAUUAUUCUGAGACUCAGCAUUGAACCUGCCAUCACUACAAUACAGGAGGCGACAGGUGUAGAGGUGAUGUCAUACGUACUCAUUUAUCAAGAUCUGCUGACUUGACCCACAAGUUGACUCCAUUAUCAAUAUUGUCUCUUUAUCAUGAAACAGACUCAGAAACCUUGGCAUGAAUGCUCUCAGGCUCUCAAGAGAAUGUUGAAAUUCAGGUCUCAAAAGAUUAAAAUUACAAUAAUGAAAUGUUUCACCUACCUUCCAAGCCAUAAACACUCAUACUGGUACUGGAUGGAACUUAAAAUAAAAAAACAGGGGUGGAUAAUUAGGGGUUGUAGCACCCCCUGGAAUUUUCAGAAUUCUCUACCGCUGAAUAAAGAGGUUAAUCAUCAAAAUAUUAUCACAAUCACCCAGCAAAACACGGUAUAUACAGCACAACACAGCCCAAUACCC